CUAAAUUAUUAUAGCCCCCAUGAAUUUCCCAGUCUCCCCAGCAAAGGGUUCAAUUUCUUCCUUCCAGCACAGAUCUCAUUGCGUCUCACUCUGUUCAAGAAUUUGAUCCCUUCAAAUUCUGCUUCAAAUAAAGUGUCUCGUAGAAAAUCCAAGAAAUGUCAUCAGUGCGGCAUCAAAGGACAGGCCAUAAUUUUUCAACAGGCGCAUACCCAGCCCGAUUCCUGCAAAAUUAUCAGAAACCCGCCACCAAUUUCCUCACCCGCACGAACUUAAUCCUUCUCCUCGCUCUCUUGAUAAUCCUCGGCGUUCUUAUUCCAUGGAUUCAAGUCCCUGAAGGGUUCUUGAUGUUCUAUUCGAAUCCCAACUCUAAGUGGCGGGACUACACAUUGUCGGAUGCAGCAGCCCGGGUGGCCCAGAAUAAUACUUUGAUUGUGUGUGCAGUGAGUGAAGCUUACUUGCCUUUUCUAAAUAACUGGUUGAUUAGCAUUGCGAGGCAGAAGCAGCAUGAGAAGGUUUUGGUGAUUGCAGAGGACUAUGUCACGCUUUACAAGGUUAAUGAGCGGUGGCCGGGUCACGCAGUUCUGGUGCCACCGGCGUUGGAGGCUGCCGCGGCCCACAAGUUUGGGUCUCAGGGCUUCUUCAACUUUACAGCCAGAAGGCCCAGACACCUUCUGAAUAUUUUGGAACUGGGCUACAAUGUUAUGUACAAUGAUGUUGAUAUGGUUUGGCUGGCAGAUCCAUUUCCAUAUUUGCUAGGCAAGCAUGAUGUGUAUUUCAUGGACGACAUGGCUUUUGUGAAACCUCUGAAUCACUCUCAUUCUUUGCCACCUCCAGGAAAAAAGGGCCGGCCUUAUAUCUGUAGCUGCAUGAUUUUUUUGCGCCCCACCGAUGGUGCAAAAUUAAUUAUGAAGAAAUGGAUUGAAGAACUUCAGGCCGAGCCUUGGUCUAAAGCAAAGAAAGCCAACGACCAGCCUGGAUUUAAUUGGGCAUUAAUGAAAACUGCUGGACAGGUGGACUUGUAUCUGCUCCCUCAGGCAGCAUUUCCCACCGGUGGUUUAUACUUCAGGAACAAGACAUGGGUAAAAGAAACCAAGGGAAUGCAUGUUAUUAUACACAAUAACUACAUUGUUGGUUUUGAGAAGAAGAUAAAGAGAUUUCGUGAUUAUGGUCUCUGGUUGGUGGAUGAUCAUGCCUCUGAAUCCCCACUUGGCACAUUGUAAUGGUUCAGGGGCUUGUCCUGAAAUUGAAAGUCGGAGGAGCUUGUAAUCUCUUUCACAGAUAAAAAAUGUUCUUUCCUGACGGUGUCCAACUGCUGCUUAGGUCAAUUCUGCGUCCGCACACUCAGAAAUCGUUUGUAGGAUAUAGCAAAAGCACGUAAAAUUGUGAUUCCUUGAAUUGAUGCAUUCACAAGUAGAUAAAGAAUCCCGUAGGGAUAUUUUUAUCAGUGUAAUAAUUUUCUUAUACUUUAUUUUUUUGGUUCUGGGAUCAUAUUAUCAGAACUCAUAAGCACAUUUACCAAUUGUCAGAUUCGUUUUGUACGCCCGAAAGAUCAUAAUCAUUUCUUUAGACAUUAAUUUUACAUGUUCC